AUGAGUGUAUCAGAAGAUAAACCAAAACAAACAAAAUUCCUUUUAAUUGGAGAAACAGGAAAUGGGAAAAGUUCAGUUGGUAAUUUCAUUUUAAAGAGUAAUGUUUUUAAAGUUAGUGAUAGUACAAUUUCAGAAACAAGAGAAGCUGAUGUACAGUCUGGAGAAGGAGAAAGAAGUGAUGUAACUGUUAUUGACACACCAAGUCUUCAAGAAUUAAAAGAAUUUAAUGAAGAGUUUUUGAAUGGUAUAGUUGGAUAUGUUAAAGAAGAAGAAGGAAUCAAUGGAAUUGUUAUUGUUCUAAACUAUAACACAAAUAUAAUUUCCAAUAACAUUAAAACAAUGAUUGAAAUAAUGUCUAAAAUCUUUCCAUCACAAGACUUUUUGAAACAUAUCUGUAUUGUAUGGAAUAAAUGUUAUUAUUAUAUAUCAGAUAGGC